CAUUGCAUCCCAACAGAGUACAUCAAUAUUUUUUCCUUUUCCUAUCGAUAUCCCAAGUAACCAUUAAUGUAUCACAAUGGUAAAUUUAAAGCGAACUUUCUAGAAAUGUCUAUGAAAUAUUAAAAAUAUAAUUUGACACAACGUUUCAAUAAGUAUAAAUUUUUGCUAUAAUAAAUUUAUACUUGCCCUAAUGGAAAAAGGUAAACUAAAUAUAAAGGCCAGCCAAGAAACCAAAACGAAACAAGAUUCUUCAAAGUCUCAUUCACAAAUAAACAUGUUACCAGAAGACACCAAUAAUAAUAUUAGAAGUGUGCAACACAAUAUCACGAAAGAAAAGGACAAUUUCAUUGAGAAACUCUUGGUAGUAAUAUCAAUAAUUUUUGCUAUAUUAUUGUUUCCCCUGUCGCUCCUCGUUAUAUUUUUGGUUGUCCGACAAUUUGAAAAAGCUGUUAUUCUCAGAAACGGAAAGAUACAUAAAAACCAACCUUUUGGUCCCGGUCUGGUUUUUUAUCUUCCAUGCGUAGAUGCCGUACAUUUUAUUGAUUUAAGAACUGUCUGUUACGAAGUUCCACAUCAAGAUGCAUUAACUAAAGACUCACUGACUGUUUCUGUUGACGCUGUUGUUUUUUACAAAAUAGUUGAUCCCGUGCUUGCCGUAAUUGGGGUAACCGACUACAAAGUAUCCACACACUUUCUAGCUGCCACAACAUUACGUAAUGCCCUUGGAACGAGAAAACUCGCGGAAUUGUUGGCAAGCCGUCCUGAUGUCAGUCAGCAAGUAUUCAAUCUAAUGAAGAAUAUUACGGUAGCCUGGGGAAUCAAAAUCGUUAGAGUAGAGAUAAAAGACAUAAGUCUACCGCUGCAAUUGCAAAAAGCGAUGGCGGCUGAAGCUGAGUCGACGAGAUUGGCAAAUGCUAAAAUAAUUGUUGCAAAAUCAGAAAUCGAAGCAACCAAAAGCCUUCAACUAGCUACAGACAUUUUAAUGGAUAAUCCAAUGUGCAUGCAACUCAGAUAUUUGCAAUCGCUCAACAUGAUCGCUGGUGAGAAAACACAUACAAUUGUGUUCCCGUUUUCUGUUGACGUUAUUAAUAAAAUAACAAGUUAAUGACUAUUUUUAUUUUGUAAUGUAUUUAUGAUAUUGUUGUCUUUUUAAUUUUUGUUAAUUCAAUACAAGGUUAAUAUACA